AAUUUCUUUGCAGGUGAAGGAUGCUUUGCGUCACAUCUUAACUGACCUUAAUGCUGGUGACACCUUCAACAUCAUUCGUUUCUCUACGUAUACCGACAAGCUUGGUACGAUGCGCUACACCGGGACAGCCGUAAGGAAAGCCAAGAAGUAUAUUAAUAAUCUUGAAGCUGACGGAGGCACAAACAUUGACGGUGGACUGAAGAUGGCACUUUCUCAGCGUCGACUUCCCCCGCGGAUACAUUUUCCACAUCAUAAUUAUCUUCAAGCGUGUACAGUCAAAGGCAGGAGCAUUGGACGCAAGCCGAACUUAUCUUUGCUACCGGUAUCCAUUGAGCAAGAGAUGGAAGUUGUUGUGUCAGAGUCAGUGAGACCUCACAUCAUUAUCAUGCUGACUGAUGGUCAACCUACUGCAGGAGUCACCUCUCACUCAGCCAUUCUAAGGAAUGUCAGGGAAAGAAAUAAGAAAGGGGCAGCUAUUUUUUGCCUUGGCUUUGGCAGUGGAGCAGACAUGAAUCUGCUUGAAAAAAUUUCCCUUCAGAACCGGGGGAGCGCUCGUAAGAUCUACGAGGAGCAAGAUGCUGCAGACCAAUUGAAGGGCUUCUACCAAGAACUAUCAACGCCAGUUCUACUAGACGUCCACUUCAGUUAUUCUGUAGAUGCGGUACAGAUGGACACCCUCAGUAAAACUCACUUCUACAAUUACUUCCAGGGUACAGAGCUUGUAGUAACAGGACAGACAGAGCAUGACCAGCUAGGAGGCAUCCGCGCUAAUAUCACUGGUCAGGGACGCAAUGGAGAAUUUUUCAUGGGUGUGACAGACUGGAACACUGUUGUUUCCCCUGACCACCACCUCCUGGAUCACUUGCAUCUUGCCCCAACACCCAGAAACUUCAUUAAAAGGUUAUGGGCUUUUUUGAAAAUUAAGGAUUUUCUGGAGGAGGCCAAGGCCGCUCGAGGUCCACAUGAGAAAGCAACUGCACAGAAGAAAGCUCUUGUUAUUGCUCUGGAGGUAAUGGCAUCCCACCUCUCACAACACUCUUGAAACAUUUAAAUUAUAUCAAUAUUUUGAUGCUGAUAAGUUCACAAUAAAUUAGAAAAGCACCAACAGUAAUUUUGUUUUGUUUUGUUUUGUUUUGUUUCGGAUGUACAAAUAUCAUUUACAUCUCCAUUCCAGUGUUAUGUAUAGACCGUGAAAUACAGUUUGGGAAAACCACUAAUAACACUGACAUAGACACAGUAUCAUUGAGCUAUAACACAUGGUCUCUU